CUUGGUAAGGGACUAGCAAAGAUGUCUUUUGGAAACACAAGUGCAGAAGAACAACUGUCUGGUACAAAUACGAGUCAAAGGACGAACUCCAGCGCCAAACUGGAAGUGUAUGUGAGUUCUGUCUGCGCUCAAGGUUUUUACUGGCCGAUUCAUGCACCCUUGAUUUUGAUUCUUAUAUCUAUUUUGGUCGCCAACUGUGUUGUUAUCGUCUUGACGAUCUGGAAAGAAACCUUAAGGACAGUGAGUAACAUGAUCCUGUUUUCUUUGAGUCUCUCUGAUCUGUUGUUUGGUUUAAUCGGAAUUCCUGUCUUCGUGUCUUGCACAGUCACCACCUCCCUACUUCAGUGUACACUCUCUGUUUUUCUUGUGCGUUUCACCGCCGUUUCUUCCGUAUUUCACCUUUUUAUCAUUGCUUGUGACCGGUACGUUAUCAUUCUACAUUCUAUGAAAUACCCUUCGAUCGUAACAAAAACCAGAGCCACAUGUGUGAUUUUAUUGAUUUGGUUUGUGGCAUUAGCGUCUUCAUCCAUUCAGUUUGCUUGGUACAAAUGGAACAAUGACUUACAGGAACCCAAAGAAGACACAAUUCAGAUUGACAAAGUUUAUCUUUUAUUGCUGAUCACAGUGUUCUUUUUUUUGCCUUUACUGGUGAUGUUCUACAUUUACAGCCGCAUUUUUCUUAUUUCUUUUCGGCACAUCUUCGCCUUUCGUAGGCGUAGGAAAAAUCUCGACCAACCAGUGCCCUCGAUGGCUUACGAUUUGCGAGGAACCUUUAUCUUAGUGUUUAUGAUGCUUAUAUUUAUCGGUUGCUGGCUGCCGUUUUUUCUUCUAAUUCUUCAAGAUCACAUUCCGGAGAGGUUUUACUACAUCUUACCAGGAUGGGGUUUAUGUGUCAUCCUCUAUCUCCGAUUCAUUCCCCCGCUGGCAAAUCCCAUUCUAUGUGCGUUUUGUAAGCAAGAUUAUCGCCGUGCGUGGCGUGGUUUAACUCGGCAGCAACCAUGGCUCAGCUUGAAUAUUCGUAUUUUUAAUUUUCCUUCGGUCUCUAGAACACGGGAACACAGAACCUCGACUUCGAUCACACUCACCGAAAAAGCAAGUAACAAUGGCAACAGCCUAACUGGUUCAGUGAAUAUGCUUGCUAUGGAAGCUUAUUGACAACGGUUGCUGACGAAUGUGUUAAUCUUACAUCAGCCUAAGGAAACUAAUCAUUUUAUCUCAAAGAGGCUGGUUAAAAAAUCGGUGAACUUAAAAGGACAGUUUAUUUAAAGGCUAUUGGACAAUUCUACAACUUAAUUAAAGAAAAUGGCUCAUGAAUUUCCUUUAUGAAAUUAACCUUGCAGCUAUAAGUCAAAGAAACUCACUCAUUUAAGUCAAAUUACCUUUGUAAAAUGUUUUUGUAAAGCUUUGAUCCUUUGCGUCAGUAGUGGGCACGAGGAUCAUUCAGUCAGAAGGGAAUGAAAUAAAAGGGAAUGAAAUAAAAGGGAAUGAAAUAAAAGGGAAAAGGAGAACUAAUAAGGUAACUGACUGGUUCAAGCUUGCGUCGGGAAAAGCCAAACUUAAUUCUUGUCCAGAGUAAGAAGAAAGCUCUAUGGAAAAAUUAGAAGCUUUAUGAAACUAACGUCAGAACGUUUCCGUGAAGGGUAAGGGAAUCAUCUGUCACUACUUGCACGGUAAUUAGGAAUUUAUUGAUUGUUUUUUGUUCAAUCUUUCUUAAAAGAGUUCCCUCUCUAACUUUGAUCUUGUUUUUCUUGAAGUGCAUGCCAGUUAAGACCAUUUUUGUCAAUCAAAUAUUCAAUAACUUAAAUGUCUGGAAUACGUUUGAAGGGAUACUUUCAAUUUAGGUGUAGAUUUGCUCAAUGCCUCGUUAUCAUUUGUAUUUUUUAUUUCUAAAAACAGACUUAACGAUUCCAUAAUAAUUUGUGAAAUAUAAUCCAAGAUGGUAAACGCUUUAGUUGUAGAACGGGAUUUAAGUGAUAUCUUAGCCAUUUUUUCCCAUAUGCUCCACAGGCCAUUGUAGUUUCUUUAGUAAGUAAAGAUAUACAAAAGAGGCACGAAUUAUUAAGGGAGUUAGGGUCCGGUCAUAUUAAAUCUUGGGGGGAGAGGGUGAGAGGUUUGUUUAAGUCGCUGUCAAUUGUUUCCCCCCCCCCCAUCUUUAUACUCUGUUGGUGAUGAUAGAUCCCCUUCGUUUUCCCGUGAAAACCAUGUGAUCCCCCAAAAUCCUCCACACCCCCCCUUAGGCAAUAAAUAAUAACUGGUCCAUAAUACGGUUGUACCGCUGUCGAGAACGAACUUGUUACAAGUUACUACCUUUCUGAAACUCUCUAGAUUCGCAGACAACUGUUUCAUUUAGCAAGGAUUAAAUGCAAAGACGAAUCACUUUAGACGUUAUAUCAUAGGGUAAAAAUGUCCAAUUAAUUGUCUAAAUGUAAAAUAUGGUCCGAAUUAGUGUUAUUUCAAGCGUUUUAGGUAUCGAAAUCAAGAGAUGGUAAGUCAUUUUCCGAGGUUUUCUUGUGUAGCAACUUAAUUAGCCUUUUUAUCAAUCUCUUGAACGUCUCAGAAAUGCUUUGUUUUGAGGUGGGGUGGAGUUAGUUCCUAACAGACUAACUUCAUAACUCCUUUCGUGAUUUGCAGCGC